CUCAAAUCUCAUUGUGUUUGCAAUCAAGUGGGAAUGGACAAGUAUAAUGAGCCUAUAAAUAGGGGGAGUCGGAGUCCUUGAACCCAACCGAAUAUCAAAGAAAAUUAAAGGAACAUGGCGUCGUCUCAAAGCCAGAUCAGGGAAGUGCCGAUGGAAGGCAAGUUGGGCAACGUCUCGUGUAAAUGCGGAGAGGGUUGGACAUGCGAGAUCACUAAGACCUCAGCCCCCGAUGCCGGCAAACCGAACUUUAAAUGUGGUGAAAAUUGCAACUGCUCUAUCGAGGGGGUAAAGGAGAUAGUAGGUGAGGGUGGAAGCAGAGCGAAGUGCGAGUGUGGAGAAGGAUGGAGCUGCGUGGUUUCCAGGGUUGAUCCGUUUGAUGCCCAGAAGGGCUUCGAGUGCUCUGGCCCAUGCACCUGUGAUGUGGUGGCCUAAAUAUAUUCCAUAUCACUAAUUAUAUGAUCUUAAUUAUAUAUGUCUGAGUCUCUGGUUUAAAUAAUGGUUGCAAAAAUAAAGAAGUGUAGUCUGUUAAAACUCUGUCACUUCAGUUUUAUAUGUAUAUAUCCCCAUGUAUGUCCUUUGCUAGCAAAUCAAGAAUUUUAUGUAUGCAUGUACGUAAGAACCUGUUACUUCGGUUAUAUACAUGUAUGGACUUGCGCGCGCGCGCGCACACACACACACAUAUAUAUAUAUUAUAUGUAUAUGUAUAUGUGUAUGUGUAUAUGUAUAUGUAUAUGUAUAUGUAUGCUUAAUCAAAUAAAUUAUUUCAUCAACGAAA